AUGGUCGCCGAGCUCAUCCACAAUACUCCACACUCUACUCACAGUCGGACGCGCAGUGAUCCUUUCUCGAGCUACAUCCUUCUGUCCCAUAUUUUGUUUCAUCGUCUUGACUACAAUCUCAUCAUCCUCCGCCGGGAUCUUUUGUCAUUGUGCCGCAUCCAUAUCUCCCAGACAAUCUCCUGCUGGUCCAAACUCCACAGCUUGCAGAUCACAGGCUUCACCAACUCCCGAGUUGCCCGUCUAUAG